UUUUCGCUUCCCUUCCUUUUCUGGGUUUUCCUCCGCAUUCCAUUCCAUCUCCUCCUCUGAAGGCGAUGUCGGCCCCAGCUCCGGGUUCCUCGCCUUCACCCCCGGCGGGGACCAACUCCACCGCGCCGCCCCCGGCCACCCCCUCCGCCCCGCCCCCGGCCACCCCCGCGGCCCCGCCCCCCGCUACUCCCUCAGCCCCACCCCCGGCCACCCCCUCCGCGCCGCCACCGGCCACGCCCUCCCCGCCGCCUCCUCACACCCUCCCCGCCACCUCCCCGCCAGCGUCCCCUCCGCCGCCGGCUUCCUCCGGGUCCCCCGCCUCCCCCUCCCCGUCCCCUCCCCCGCCGUCCUCCUCGGGUACGCCCUCCCCUCCGGCUGCCAAAAGUCCUCCUCCGCCGCCGACGAGCUCCACGACGCCCACGGCCAAGAGCCCGCCUCCGCCUCCUUCCGCCGCGUCUCCUCCGUCUGGGUCCACCAUAUCGACGGGGCUCGUGGUGGGGAUUGCCAUUGGUGGAGUGGUGGUGCUGGCGGUGAUGACCUUGCUGUUUAUAUGUUGCAAGAAGAAGAGGAGAAGAGACCGUGAUGAGGAGUAUUAUCUGCCCCCUCCACCUCCUCACGGUCCUAAAGCUGAUCCUUAUGGCGGCCCGCCCCGACAUUGGCAACAAAAUGCUCCGCCGCCUGCUGACCAUGUUGUCACCAUGAUGCCAAAGCCUAAUCCUCCUCCAGCAGUUGCGUCACGCCCGCUGCAUUCACCUGCUCGUGGUCCUAGUCCGACACCUCCGCCUCCACCUCCUUUUAUGAGCAGCAGUGGAGGCUCUGGCUCCAACUAUUCAGGGCCUGAACAUGCAUAUCCUCCUCCAUCCCCUGGAGUUUCUCUCGGUUUCUCCAAAAGCACGUUCACUUAUGAGGAACUGGCGAUGGCGACUAAUGGCUUCUCAGAUGCAAAUCUACUCGGACAAGGAGGUUUUGGGUACGUACACCGUGGGGUCCUUCCCAACGGAAAAGAAGUAGCGGUGAAGCAACUGAAGGCAGGGAGCGGACAGGGAGAGCGUGAGUUUCAAGCUGAAGUUGAAAUAAUCAGCCGAGUUCAUCACAAGCAUCUUGUGUCUUUGGUUGGAUACUGCAUGGCCGGAUCCCAGCGCAUGCUCGUGUAUGAGUUUGUGCCUAACAACACUAUGGAGUUCCACUUACAUGGAAAGGGACGCCCGACCAUGGAUUGGCCAACUAGACUGAAAAUUGCUUUGGGUUCGGCCAAAGGACUAGCAUAUCUUCAUGAGGAUUGUCAUCCUAAGAUCAUUCAUCGUGAUAUCAAGGCAUCAAACAUACUUGUGGACUUCAAGUUUGAGGCAAAGGUUGCGGAUUUUGGACUUGCAAAAUUUACUUCCGAAACAAAUACUCAUGUGUCUACCAGAGUGAUGGGCACCUUUGGGUAUCUUGCUCCGGAAUACGCCUCGAGUGGGAAACUAACAGAAAAAUCAGAUGUUUUCUCCUAUGGGGUCAUGCUCUUGGAGUUGAUUACUGGUCGCAGACCUGUGGACCAGACCCAUACUUUUAUGGAUGAUAGUCUGGUUGAUUGGGCGAGGCCUCAGCUCACACGAGCUCUGGAAGAUGAAAACUUCGACUCUCUUGUUGAUCCUAGGCUGCAGAACAAUUAUAACCACAAUGAGAUGGCUCGUAUGGUGGCUUGCGCUGCCGCUGGCGUUCGUCAUUCGGCACGGCGUCGACCAAGAAUGAGUCAGAUUGUUCGGGCCCUCGAAGGGGAUGUAUCUCUCUCUGACCUUAAUGAAGGUAUCAGACCCGGGCACAGUGCCCUCUAUGGUUCCUAUGGGAGCUCGGACUAUGACACCAGCCAAUACAAUGAAGACCUCAAAAAGUUCAGGAAGAUGGCAUUAGCUAGCCAAGAGUACGGGAGCAGUGAGUACAGUGAAGCUACGAGUGAAUAUGGCAAGUACAUAUCUGGCUCGAGCAGUGAGAAUCCUACCAGUACCCGCCAAACAACCCAGGAAAUGGAGAUGGGAAGGAUGAAGAGAGACAGUCGAGGUUUCAGCGGAGGCUCUUGAGCUCACAUGUCGUGGCCUUGUAUAGUUUCUACACCUCAUUUUUUUUAUGCUCCACCUGGGAUUGCAAGACAGGCAUGUGAUUUUCAAGUAUUGACAUAGUUUUUUCCCCGUCCUCUCAAUUUGAAUUUAACAACUUUUACAAUGUAAUUAGCAUUGAGAGUAUAAGAAAAAUGACUUGUUGGCCGAUUCUUUGA